AUGGAUCUCAACACUCUUUUCAAGGGUAGAUUUUGUUGCUUUCCCAAGGACCCGCUUGAAGAGGCUGAGACUUGGGGAGAGUCUGUGGACAAACUCCUGGGUUGUAAACCCGGGCAGGCGGCUUUCAGAGAAUUCCUUAAAUCAGAGUAUAGUGAGGAGAAUAUUCUGUUUUGGCUGGCCUGUGAGGAGUACAAGAACAUCACGUCUCUUCCAGAGAUGAUCUCAUCUGCAAACAGGAUCUACUCAGAGUUUGUGGAAUGUGAAGCACCGAGACAGAUCAAUAUUGAUUGUGGGACCAGAGAAAAUAUCACCAAGAACAUCUCUCAGCCGAGCCUGACCUCUUUCGACACGGCACAGAAGUUGAUCUACAGUCUGAUGGCCAGGGAUUGUUACCCACGAUUCCUCAAGUCAGACGUCUACCAGGAUAUGCUGAGGGGAGCAAGGUGA